UGAAUCCAUCCAUCCAUCCAUCCAUCCAAGUGUACAUAUAUUUCACAUAAACACAUCAUAAGCUAGUCUCCAAAAAUGGAACUCCCGCAUUCAACUAUCCGGUUCUGCUGUCCUCAAGGCCAAAUGAAUGCUAUGGAAUCUCACAGAACCAUCAGGCACUACACUCGUGGUCAAAUUACGCCCCUUGAUAGCUCUGACCCGAUACUGGCCAAGCUACACACACGCCUCGAGCUCUCUUCACCGAGCUGAUCUACACCAUACUCAGGCUUAGGCUGACAUUGGCACGGUUAGCAGGAAACCGUGAUUCAAAGUUUUCACCGAGAGGUGCAUUCCGAUCGACUGAUUUUCGACUCACGAUAUUCGAUAUCCCUUCCCCUGUCUCUUCUUCAUUGCGACGUCUCAAUACAAAGGUUUCUCCAUUAUUGCGCUUCAGGGCCCGCAAUGGGGGAUGAUCUUCUAGACUUCGUCAUCAACCAUGUGUUCAUGCCUCCCAAGUUGCCCCAAGAGGCGGAUGAGAGUCCGGAGCGCAUAGAUUUUCUUUUGUCAACUAUUCGCAAGAGCAUGAAACUUUACAAACAGCAGCAUGCUGCGCCUGAGCACCAAGCAUUGUGGGAUUCAUUAUUGAAAAUGGUGGACACAUUGCGACGAAUCAACAUAGACCCCGAGGUCGGGAUCAGCGAAUGCAUCAAAAGAAGGAGCACUGGAGAUACAAUCGCCAUUUUUGUCCAUGCUCAAAACGCGGGUGUGAUCAUCCGUUGUGGUGAGGAGGAAACAAUAUUCGAAAAUUUCGAAGCAUCACCGAUGAACACAGCGGUGAUGCGCUGCACAGGGAAGCUUAUCCGCUCCUUUCCUGGACCUGCAAUUGCCCUUCGAAACAAUGUUAUGCAGGAUCCGGAUUUUCUAGAAGAAUUGGCCGCAUUCCUAACCCAGAUGUACGGGGGCCAACGUGAGGAUGAGGGCAUGGUGGACGGUGAUCAACUGCUGGACGAGGACACAGUAGAUAACGAUUAUUUGCAAGAUGAGGACACAAUCAAUGGCGAUCAGCUGCGGGAAGAGGGCACUAUGGACGGCGAUCCACCACUGGAUAGGGGCACAACCCAUCCGAAGUACAUCACUGAAUUGCUGACCGGGAUACUCCGUGGACUAGGAGAGCCUGCAGACAUUCCUCGCAUCCAGAAGAGGACAUCGGACGAUGUUUUGCAGCGUGCGGAUGAUAUUGUCCCAUGGAGGCGCAGCUCCCUCUGGCUCGUUGUUCGUGUUGCCUUGCAAACUACGAUUCACCGAGGCACUUCGAACAUGAACGAAUACAAGUCUUUUAUGAUACUCCUUCUGGCCGAGAUUCUGCGGAGCGGUGUUGAGAACCGCUUACCGGGACAUAUCCUCUAUUGCAUGCGCGCCAAACUCAGCCGCGGACUCUUUAAAAUCCGAUCAUGGGCGGCUCCGUCUCUGGUCACACUUGCCCACGAGGUUGCGCUUGAUACUGAAAGACUGCUCCAAGAUCGAUGGAAGAGCAUUCAGGAUGCGCACGUGCGGGCACCCAAGUGGGCACCAAACGAGCUAGAUGUGUUUGGGGACACUAGCCUCAACUUGAAAAAUUGCAGGUCUUACAUCAGUGCUGCUCUCGUCCCGGGGAUUCCCGCCAAUCCUAAUGCUGCAUUCCAAUCACAUCAUCCACGAUCAUUCAAUAAUCUCUUUGAUGACGAACCCGGGGUUUUUUCAGCAGCAGUAGAAGCCAAUGGAUUUGUUGCGCUUUGGGAUUUUGAGCGUUGCGUAAAAAACCACAUUGACGAAUGGGUAUCUCGGCAAAUCUCCGACCAGAACUGCGAAAGUGCUUGCGACUUAAUCUCUCAUUACAUGACGACAUACGCCGAUGAGGCCGGGGAUCUGUACAAUGGGGCACCAGCGGAACAGUCCAUUAUGCUCCUCACGCUUUUUGAGUUGUGGAUGGCACUCGACAUUUUGACAGCGACUAUCUGUCCCCUCCUGAAGGAUUAUUCGCCUGAGGUUCCACUGACUCUAUAUGAGGGCCUCCUGCUUUCGAAAGCCGAGCCGUUGGGACGCAUCUCGAGGAUCCAGGCGUACCUGCGCAAGCGCUAUCACAAAGCUGGUAGUAACCCUCAGUCGAUCUUCUCAGAAAUUGUCGAUGCGGAAACCUUCGCAGUCAGAUUUUUCGAUUCGUCCUCGUCGCUCCAGGAUCUUAAGCGCACCAUAGAGCAGCAAGCAAUGACGAGUCAAAAACUUCGCGAGCUUCAUUUGCUGAAACUUGAAUAUAGGGAAAUAAUGAAACGAGCAGGCUCUCACACUGUGGAUCGCAUGAGGUCCAGGCACAAUCCGGAAUCUUGCGAAGAAUGCUGUUUCAAAUGGCGGGCAAGAGCCCUGAGGACAGUUAUUCGCGAAUGGCCUCUUCCACAAGAACCAGUCCGAGCCAAAUUCUUUGUGUUUGAACGAGCUGUUCCUAGCGUUUUCAAGACUUGGAGGGAGACGACUUAUUGGCUUCUCCGUGACAUCUGUAUGCCGAAGGAAGGAAGGACACUUACGAUAGGGGAAUUGUAUAUCCGCUCAGACUCAUCGGAGUUUCCCUUCGGUGAAGAACGUCGCGUGUCAACUUCUCGACAGCGAAUAUCGUUAGCACCGGAGGUGGAAAUCCCAGACGAGGAAGGCGGUGUCACUCAAACGUACACAGCUUCCUGUCGGCUGUGGGACAACGGCCAUUGUAGAUGGAUAUAUCCUCCAUCCGGUUACUGCGAUCUGAGUCACAGAACGUCCAUGCGGAUACCGGAAGAGUCUCCAUAUGCUUCCUUGGGACGCUUUGCGUUGGGAACAUCUCACACUUCGAACGAAGUUCUUGCGAGCCAACAUGUAUGUUCCUCUUCGCUUAGCCUACGCAGUUUCGUCGCCUUCGGUUCGUUGCGCGCUGGAGCCCGGUUGCAAUGGUGCAAUAUUGCCCGAGAGAUUCCCUCCGGAAAUUUAAGUUUUCAGUGUGAGGAGGUGUAUGACCUCAUCUCUCAGGCUGUGUGCCAAGUCGGAUGCCUUUCCGGUGAUGGUAUUUGGGAAUGUCACCAGGUUUUACAAGAGGUACCAUUCGGUAACAUGUUGUUGGACGUCCUUGAACAGCUGGGGACGGAUAUAGAGGGGAGCUGGCGCCAGGGUAUUACAGCACUGACUAUCACUACACUAGCUUCUCGACUGCUGGUCUCGGCUGUGGCACAGCCAAUCACCAAUAGAACGUACAAACUACUCCAGAAGAUACGAGACACCACUUUGCGCUGGUUGCACGAACUUCUGGCACUUCAAUCACACGCUGAAACCGAAACUGAACGGGGGAGAUAUCGGCGAGCAAUAUGUCAAAUAGCUGCGGUUUGUAGGAGCUCAUUUGAUGUCGAUGCGUGCCAUGCUGGCGAACUCCUUCGAACUCCGGAAGACGUUGCCAUAUUCAUUGAAUGUGCUAUCAUUCUUUGUAGCCACUCUCCCCAAGAAACACUUACUAAGGCAGACCCUCAUUUGCACCAGUUGCUUCUCCGAGACAAGCGCCUGUCCUGCAGGAUGGAAGAACUUCUUGUUACUCGCAUCCAGGAAGGGGGGACCAUAUUAGGUAUUAACGAGGCAAUAUCAGCUGUUUGGAAUGGUAUCGAUCCAACAUGUAGCUGGACAAGGCGACCAAGACCUAACGACUGUUGGUUGACCACUGCCGUAGAUGGUCAAAGGACACAAAACGUUCAUUUCAACGUAUUAAGUGGCGCUUUGCUCAUUGAUGGAAAACCACCUGGUUGGUUGCCAUCUGACAUUCGUGGGCAUUCGAUAUACAAAGAACUCUUUGGUGCAAGAAGCCCGGAAGUUGUUUCAUCGGAUAUGGGAGACAUGGACUAUGUUAGCAAGGCUCACAUGUUCUCCGAGUCUCAGCUCGAAACCAAGGAUACUGAUGAGACAAUUCACUUUGGGUGGCGAGAUGGAAGGCUCAUUGUACGAAGCAGAUCCCUUGCGCUUGAUGGGAAAAGCUGUCGGAUCUUGGAAUUGUUACCACGUGAAAUCUUUGAAGGGGAUCUGCCAUCCAUCCUAGUCAAGGAAUAUUUUCACUGGAUGGAGUUAUCCACUUGUCAGAUUGAGCUGCGGCCCAAGAACGCACCCUGGACAUCCUCCCGAUCGAACUGGCACCUCCGUCGUACCGCAUGCUCCACGUGGGUUAUGGAUAAAGGGCCCUCUGUCAGACUAGUUGACUGCCAAAGCCGCACAGGGGAGAUGAUUUGUGCUAUCCUUCGUUCUCUUGAACCUGAAAAUAACAUUCUUAUCACAUUGGCGAGGUCGUCGAUUCAAGAACUGCGUAUCGAUCUUCCCCGGUUCCAGCUCUCCUUCGCCCUGAAAGGUGGAAAGCUCUAUUCGUUAAACUUUCCGGGUUUCGAAGUAGAUAGUAAUCAAUCAACAGGCACAAUGCUGGGCCUUCGCAGUCAGUUGGUUUUGCGCCACAGCGGAGGUCUCGCUCCUGGUGUGGAGCUCAAUUAUUCGAGGCGCGUCAUCAUUCCGAUGGGGGAUGUGUCUAUCGCAAGUGACGGUGACCACGUCGCUGUUACGAUUAAUGACUCGGAAUUGUCACGCGUCAAAUAUUGUGAUUAUGACGUUGAUGUCUUACUGGGCCGUCUGGUUGGAGACGGAAGUUUGCCCAGCGCAUUAUUCCAGUCACUUCUUCAUGCCGUUACUAGUUACUGCUUGCCCGAUCCUCUCACGUCAUUGUCAGGAGUCGAGGAAGCGAUCCAAAUCCUUCGAUCAGCACGUUGCAAAUCGUUCCAAAGUCUUGGUGACUGGGAGCGGCAGCUUCUGCGUCGGCUAUCGGCGUUAACGCCAUCAAGGAUUCGGGAACCGCCCGAUGAGUGGCCUGAUAAACGGCGUUGGGAAUGGGAACGGAUACCGAAACGGGAACCGAGACUGGAACGGUGGUGGCAUUUGACAGGGCUUUGGGAGAAUGGUAUUGGAGAAGCCGUUUGGAAUAUAGCACUUAGUCCGCUUGUCCAACACGGUGCCUUUUGGGAUGAGGCCCGAUCUAUUUUCGAGUGGCAUAACGAAAUGAAUGUCUUUGAUUCUUCCAUGGGUUUCGAAAAAUUGGAAAGAGAUUGGAAAGAACUACAUCUGCUUUCCCGUGCUAGAUGUCACAAUGCAGUCUGGUACGGCCCCGAUCUUCCCCGGGGCAUGCGGGGUGAAGACGUGAUAUACGAAUCUAGGGACGCUGACACAGGACUCAAUACCACUCGUAUUCGUGCCGCAUCGAAUGCCUCUAGCUUGGUGUACCAUUGUCCUCUUCGGCUAAAGACCCCCAAAGCCCUUUUGUCUCACAUGGAAUUGUGGACGGAGAACAUUAGAGGUUCUUCCCUCAACCACUUGUCGGAUGUGCGUUUGGGAUUUAGCAAGGAAUGGCUGUCCCUGAGCAUGCCACGCAACUGGAUUCCUUUGUACAAUGCCUGUCGAACGGAGGGUUGGGGAAACCAUACUCGUUUCAAACUGUUGUUUAGUCUUUCGGCACUGGGCUACUCUAAUCCUUCACACGAGAAUUUGGUCCCUGCCUUACUUGCAUUCGCAUGCUUCCCCGAGUUCCGUUCCAUUGAUCCGCCACCGUGGCCUCGAUACACAUUCAUCCAGGGCUAUAAACCAGAUGCGUCCGUACUCAAAUAUGUCAUUAUGGCAUCGAUUGCGGACCGCCCACUAAGCAAAUUUUAUGAUUCGCCGUUGUGGGGUGAACAUGAUUUAGACGAUAUAUACAACGGCCACAAACCAGAUGCAUCCAGACUCAAGGAUGCCAUUACGGCAUCGAUCCGUCGAGGCAAAUUUAGUUCCCGAGCAUCUUCUCAAGUUUCUUUUCUUGUCAAAAAAUUCAUCGCUCAAUGGGAUCAUGAACCUACAGGAGCGCCAACAUUACCAAGUCUGCCGGAUGGCGAUGUGUGGCUGAUCAACACCUCUGACGCCAUGACUGAGGUAACUAGGUGGUUUGAGUCCUGGUUUAGAAACCGGGAUUUACUCCAGCACAUUCGAGCAAUCCAGACGGUAUUGGACAAACACCGGACUUUGACUUCAGAUGCUCCGGUUCUACCAAUAUAUUCCUUCCGGACUUCCUUGCAACUUGCAGAAGUGGAUCUGUCCAUUGUAUCAUACAGUGACGUCUUUCUCCGACAACCUCCGAUGCUUGCGCCUCCACCUUCCCCUCUGAAAAUGAAAGGAUGGUUGACCAUCAAAUCGUCUUUGGAGCGUGGUGAUAGCCUCAAACCUCUCAUUUCAACUCUCCGCUCAUCCCACGACCGCAUAUCCCAGAAAUACGGUGCUGAUCUCGAGGCUAGCCGCAAUGCAUUGCACGACAUACAAAUCAGCACGGAGCGGGUGGAAUCCCUCCAAGAAGAGCUUUAUCGUGAUCACCAGAUGUACCGAUCUCAUCUCUCUCAUGUGUUAGGGCAAAUCCGACGGGUACUCAAUCCAGACCCUCAGUCCGAGCGAGUACAGGAGGUCAUGCGGGUUGCAGGACUAUGGCCGAAGAGCACCACUCGUUCUUUACUGCACCACCUAUCAUUCUCAUCCCGUUCAACAGUAAACUUAUCCCCCGAAUGGAAGAAUGUCCUCGUUUGCCUCGCCCAGUCCAUACUGCUUUGGCAGCGAUCGGAGAGAUUGGUAAGAUUAGGACCCAAAACCGACGAAUUUCUGAAGGAAUGUUCGAGUUAUCCUGAUCUGCAUGACAUUUCUGACGACUGGCUGCUCGUCCAGAUUGACUCCAACUUUCUUGCACGCCCUCUUCAAGUUGAUGUUGCGCAUAACAUGAUGUUUCCUCGCUCACAGGACAAUACCAUCCUUCAGCUCAAUAUGGGGGAGGGAAAAUCGUCCGUUAUUGUUCCGCUUAUUGCCAUAUCUCUAGCAGAUGGACAACAACUAGUCAGAGUCAUCGUGCCAAAGCCCUUAGCAAAUCAAAUGUUCCAGUCACUGGUCCGACGCUUGAGUGGCUUAGCGAAUCGGCGAAUAUAUUGCAUGCCGUUCUCCCGCGCUAUCGCAACGGAUUCGGAUGUUUUUCAAAGGAUCUAUCAUGAAUGCAUGGAUGCCGGUGGCAUACUGGUUAUGCAGCCUGAACACGUCCUGUCGUUCAAACUCACGGGCAUUGAACGACAACUCUCAUCGGCUAGGCGCAAGGGGACUCCAGAUGAAAUGCUGAAGCUACAGCGAUGGCUGGACGCAAACGUUAGGGACAUUUUGGACGAGAGUGACGAGAUUCUGGCGGUCAAGUGUCAACUUGUGUACACAGUUGGCACUCAGCAGCCCCUGGGUCCUCAACCUGUCAGAUGGACUACGGUGCAGCAUGUGUUUUCCAUCCUGCGUAGUAGCGGCCGGCUUCUUCACCAGCUGGCUUCUCAAGGGGAUCUCGAGCUCGAGCAACGAGACGGGUGCUUCCCUUGUCUUCGCAUUCUCAGACAUGAAGCUGGCGUUCAAAUUUUGAAAUCUCUCCUACGUGGAAUAACACAAGGGGAGUCUCCUGACCUACCUCCGUUCAGGCUAUUCCAUGGAGUGGUGCGACAAGAAGCAGAGGCUUUCAUUGCUCAGAGGAACCCCGGAAAACUUGAUGAAUUGCGGAAUCACUGCCGCAGUGACAACCACCUGUGGAGCGUUUUGCUCCUGCUGAGAGGCCUUUUUGCGCAUGGGAUACUUAUGUACGUUCUCAGUGAACGUAGGUGGCGAGUAGACUAUGGACUUGACCUGACACGGUCGCGUCUCGCAGUGCCCUAUCGUGCAAAAGAUGUGCCUGCACUGAGAGCAGAGUUCAGUCACCCGGAUGUCUGUACCUCGCUGACAUACCUCAGCUACUACUAUGGCGGAUUGUCUUACGAUCAGCUUGAUAUGUGCUUCGAGCAUAUCAACGAACUGGAGGAUCCCGGAGCUGAAUAUCGCAAGUGGAUUAAGGAUAAUUCCUUAGUGCCAGACUUCCUCUGCGACUACAGUAGUUUCAACCCGGAUGACCGCGAACAAAAGAUCCACUACCUCUAUCCAGCUUUCGAAAGGAACCCGGCGACCAUCAACUUUUUCCUCUGUCAAGUGGUUUUUCCUAAAGAAGCCAAGACAUUUCCUCAAAAACUCUCCACAUCGGGUUGGGACAUCGCCGAACGAAGGCGACACGUAACGACAGGUUUUAGUGGCACCAAUGACAACCGCUAUCUUCUCCCCACUUCUAUUCAACCAGAUGACAUCCCUGCGCAAUUGGGUACAAAUGCCAAGGUGUUGAAUUUGAUGCUCCGGCCUGAGAACGAUUACUACCAAAGUGCGGCGAGUAGCGAGUUUCUGGACCUCAUCGUCAAGGAGACUCCUCAAAUCCGAGUUUUGUUGGAUGUGGGCGCUCAGAUGUUGGAGUACCCCAAUAAGGAAUUGGCAUCGAUAUGGCUUUCGCAAGUCUCGGUAGUAGAUAUAGAUGCUGCGAUCUUCUUCUCCGAAGAUGACGAAAUCUUCGUUAUUAGGCGUGAUGGGGCAAUGGAGCCAUUCAUCUCAUCGUCGUACAGACACCAGCUUGAUUGUUGUCUCGUGUACCUGGAUGAUGCCCACACAAGAGGCACCGACUUGAAAUUGCCUGCCGAUUAUCGUGCCGCAGUUACAUUAGGUCCAAAAGUGACGAAGGAUAGACUAGUCCAAGGAUGUAUGCGAAUGCGCAGGCUGGGUAAGGGACAUUCUGUCUUAUUCCUCGCCCCUCCUGAUGUGGAUCGCAAAAUCCGCAAGCUCUCUAAAAAGACCCAUGGAGAACGAAUUGGUGUAUACGACGUUCUUUCCUGGUCCAUCAGGGAGACAUGUUCCAGCUUAAGGCGUUAUAGUUGUGAUUGGAGAGAGCAAGGCAUUCAUUACAUCGACAGGCAAUGCGCAUGGAAAGAGUUUUGGACAUCCUACAUCCGCCGCACCUCAGUGUUAGCAAAAUAUUGGUUGAGACCCGAGUUGAAGUCUCUCGAGGAAAUGUAUGGGGCACCGUCGUCCUCCGGGCCACUGGAACAGGAACCGUCUCAUCCGGCAGCCGAUUGUCGCGAGAUCAAGCAGAGGAGUGAGAUUUUCUCGUCCUCCACAAUGAGUUGGCUGGUGAAAAUGGCAGAAGAGCAGGAACGCGAAGUAACCCACGAGCCUGAGCGCGAGCCGGAGGCUGGGUCACCAUUACCUGUACGACCUGCCCGCCAUCGCCUCCAUCCUGACGUCGUAUCAUUCGUGCGCGAUGGUAAAAUCUCACCAUCUUCUCGUGCUUUCAUCUCUCUCUUUUCUUCAGUUGCAAUCCUCCCUCAGUCCCAGCAACACACCAAGUGGUCACGCAACCUUCUUGCAACCAGCGACUUCGUCACCACAAUCGAGGGUUCGAAUGCACGGAAAGGCAUCGAGUUUCUUCGGCCUGUGAACUGGAUAUUGUCUAGUAUUCACGAAUCGAUGCUGGUGGUGUGCAGUCCUUUUGAGGUGAAUGAGUUGCUCCCGGAAAUUCGUCGCAGCUGUAACAUCAGGUUGCACGUAUACUCUCCAAGAACAAGUCAACCGAUGAGGUCCUUCGAUGAUCUCAAAUUUUACACAAUUCCAUCCUUACCGACGACGUGGACUUACCCAGGGAGGCUCACGGUCUCACAGCUCAAUAUAUUCUCAGGCCAGUUAUACAUCAACAACUUCGAAACGUAUCUCGAACUUUGCAAUUUUCUGGGCGUCAACACCACUUGCGUCAUGAAGGUCAUGUUAGAGCCUCCCGGCCAGCGGAACCUCAUAUCCGAUCGGUGCAGUUCCACUGUCACACGCGUGCAGACUGUGUAUGGUAUUGUCAAGGAAUACUGCGCACUGGCAUGUACACCAAGGGUCCCACAGCAAUCCUACAGUGUGGGUUGCCGUAUUACAUGGAAAGGUAGCGAGUUUACGCUCAGUAUCGAAUGUUUUACUAAUUACGGCUACGUGAGUGCGCGUCAGUCAUAAAGACCAACACGAAAGAAAAAAGGAAGAGCAGCCAGACGCCAAGCAUUGGACACAGAAGCAACGCGCAAAGGAUCGUCGAUCAAGCCGCACCGCCAGCAGCUCCGAACUGGCUCCCUAGCCUCGUCAAUCUUCACGAGCAACUUACAACGACAUCACUCCCUUCCAACCCUCUU